AUGGUCACUACAAGUGAUCAGGAGACCAAGAACGAGCCAAACAAGCUGUCAGAACAACCUGAAGAUACCUCAGCAGAGAAGCAGGAAAAAGAUCACCAACAACCCAAAAUCUUACAACAGGAGUUGCUGAGACUCUAUGCACCCUUUCCCCAAUUACUCAAUGGUGCUGUGGAGAAGAGAAUAUACUCAAGGUUUCUUGAUUUGUUUGCAUCCUUCCAUGUAAACAUACCAUUCAUCAAGACCCUCCAACAAAUGCCGACCUACAUCAAGUAUAUGAAGGAGCUGCUUCCCAAGAAAAGCUCACUCAAGGGAGGCCAAACUAUAGUGAUGAAUAAGGAAUGUAGUGCUCUCAUUCAACCAGAGUUGCCUACAAAAAGAAAGGACCCAGGGAGUUUCUACAUUUCCUGUGCCAUAGGAGAAACCAUGUUUGAUAAAGGACUCUGCGAUUUGGGAGCAAGUAUCAACUUAAUGCCCUUAUCCCUUAUGAAGAGGCUGCAGAUCAAUGAGAUAAUGCCCACAGAUCUAGUCAUCAGGCUGGCCGACAAAACUCAAAAACAAGCAAUAGGAGUGGUGGAAAACGUGUUGGUAUAG